GUUGUUUUUAUUGACCACGCGUAAGCGUACAUCGUUUCGCGGUUUUGACGCUCGGACACGCUUCACCACGCGCUUGGCCGCUACCUUAUAUCGGCGACGGCAUUCCGAGUCGUGUCAUCACCAGCGCCACCUGGGGAUUUGCACGAACAUACUGCAGGUCAGCUGAGGCUUGUCUGUCGGGAGCAGGAAGAUGACGGAGCGCGAAGGCGGCGUGCCGGCGGCGGGGGAGAGGCGGUACAAAGGGGUGCGGCUGCGGAAAUGGGGGCGGUGGGUGUCGGAGAUCCGGCUGCCCAACAGCCGCAAGCGGAUAUGGCUCGGGUCAUACGACUCACCCGAGAAGGCGGCCCGGGCCUUCGACGCCGCCACCGCGUGCCUCCGCGGCCGCCUCGCGCGGCUCAACUUCCCCGAGACGCCCCCGCCCCGGACGGCCCAGCGGCUCACACACCUGCAGAUCCAGGCCGCCGCCGCCCGCCACGCGGCCUCCGCGUCCACGCCGCCGCAGCUGUGGCAUCCCCGCGCCGCGAGCUCCCCGUCGGAGGAUGCCUCGGACGGGUUCACGGCCGGGAGCGAGGACACGCUCGACUGGUCGUUCAUGGACUCGCAGGAGGCGGCAGCGGCGCUGGCGGGAGCCGGAGAGUUCCCGGACUUGAUGGACGACUUCAUGUGUGACUUCUUCUCUCCGGUGCAGAUGACGGCGCCACUGGCGGAAGUGGUGGAGGAUCAGUGCCCCAUAGAUUUGGGUUCGAAUUCUUUUCUGUGGAGCUUCUGAAAGAAUAUAAACAGCGACACAAAGAAUCAACAACGGUUCAUUAGAUAACUGUAUGUCUCACGGUUUGGUCACAGAAAGAGAAGGAUGAGCUCGAAGAGUUGUUCUUCUUCUUCUUCUUCUCCGCUGGCGAUGUUUCUGACGUCAGCUUGGAGAUUUUAACUCCGCCAUUUAAUCUCUUCCUCAAUAAUAAAUUCUCACUAUAUUCUUUCAAA